CCGCGCCGCGCGUACGCCUCGUAUUUAUAAACGGAUAUUCGUGAAAUAUGAAGGUGCUUGCGAUCAUCUUGUCGGGAUUAGUGAUGCAGACAUCUGCGUCAUUCUUCGACGAAAUGCGUGGCGCGGUGUCCUCGGUGGAGAGUAGCUUUGAGAAUCUUCUGAAUGACGUCAUAUACGACGUCAGGGAAACCAUCGACUGCACUCUAAUGGCAGUUGAGCAGAUGCUGGCUUUAGGUGUGUUUAGAGAUCCUUCGGAUUAUGAUAAACGGUGCAGAGGUACUGAAGCGGUCGAGCAGCCACCGCCACCACCACCACUCGUGGUAGCCACCGACCCACCUCCACCAGUCGUGGUAGCCACCGACCCACCUCCACCAGUCAUGGUAACCACCGACCCACCUCCACCACCUGCCCCAGAAACACGCCUCAUCGAAAUCCCUCUUACGAAGAUGGAACAUAGACAAGUCGACUCCUCAAUAUUAAACGUAGACCAAGUUCUAUGCGAUAUCUUAAAAAAAGAUGACAUUCACGCUCAACUAGAAACUGUUAAAUUGGCUCUCAUAAACGAAACCGAACGAUUAACUGAAAUCAGUGAACUACUAAAGAAACAACUUGAAGAACUCUCGGCAGAAGUGAAAGAAAAGUUUAAAGCGAUUGAACUGCAGACGUCAGAACCGUCUGUUGAGAGCAUUUGGAACGACAUUAAAUUGUUGCACAAAAUAGAACAUAAACAUAAGAAUACAGACGAUGCUAAGAAAAUCAGCCGUGUUCUGGACCAGAUCUUAAGUAUCCUCGAUUCGAACAAGGAAGAUCGCUCCGCCGCAGACGAUAACAAAAUACAUGAAAUUAUGCUCAAACUUAGCAAGCAAACUAGAGAUGGGGACAGUGACAUCUGGACAGACCUUAAGAAUUAUCCAAAAGAUUUUCGCGAAUAUGCCAAAAGAGUAUUUGAUGAAAAUAGAUCGACUUUACCACUUGAUGACACAACUAAGAAACCCGAACUUAAAAAAGUUAUAGAGAGUGAUGCUGGGAAAAUAGACGUAAAGGUCAUCCUUCAAACUAAAAAAAUAAAUGAAACAGACAAAAAUAAUGACCAAACUAAAAAGACAGAUAAUAUUGACAACAAAGAUGACCAAACUGAAAAACCAAAAGAAGUUACCACAGUUAAACUUAAACGUAAAACGAGAAAACCAAAAAGAACCACAACUACUACUACCGAAAGACCAUUAACCGUUGAGGAGUUGGCAGCUCAAUACGGUUCGCUAUUUGAUGUGGUGCCAGAUAUCGAUAGUAUAGAGAACCACAAAGCGCUUGAAAGUUCGAAGAGAAUAAUGCAAGAUGACGCUCUGAAUACUGCAGUCAUGAACAGUAUAUCCCAAAUGGAGUCAAGCAAAGAUGCGCGUUAUCUUUUCGAUGACCCUGACCUGCUUAAAAGAUUUUAAGGUAUAAAAGAGAAAUGCCAUUAUGUAGUUGCUAUCAAAUUGCACUGUAAAUGUGAU